AUGGAGUCGAAAAAGGAAAAGUUUGUCAGGUUUAAUUCUGAUGGGAAACUAGAUGAAGAAUCUGUGUGGAGGAAAAAUGACCUCACGGUGCACCUUGCGAGGUCAUCUUCUGCGCACAAGUUUGCAUUGCGUUCUAUGCUAAAUCGGUUGAAUGGAGGCAGAAAUCGACUCCCUGAAACAGGCAAAAGUGAGAGGUCUACUCUGCUUGUGCAUGAAAUUGAACCAUGGCACAAGAGAAUACGCGACCCGAGUAGUGACAUUGUGUUGCAAUGGAACAGGGUUUUCUUCGGUGCAUGCUUAGUUGCACUUUUUGUUGACCCAUUUUAUUUUUACUUGCUUUCUGUGGGAGGUGAUGAUAAUUGUGUGAGAACAGACAGUCAGUUGCAAAUUGUCGUGACCUUUUUCAGGACAGUAGCAGAUCUUUUCUAUUUGUUGCACAUGGUUAUACAAUUUAGGACAGGUUAUAUUGCUCCAAGCACUCGGGUAUUUGGAAGGGGCGAACUAGUCACAGAUCCAAAGAAGAUUGCCCGGAGGUAUCUUAGAUCUAAAUUCUUCAUUGACCUUGUCGCAAGCCUUCCUCUCCCUCAGCUUUUCAUCUGGUUUAUUGUGCCAGCAACAGAAGGCCUCCAAUCUGAUAUCAAAGACAAUGCCCUCGCAUUGGUUAUUCUGUUUCAAUAUAUCCCUAGAUUGUAUUUGAUUUUUCCUUUGAGUUCUGCAAUUAUCAAAGCAACUGGAGUGGUCACAAUGACUGCUUGGGCAGGGGCUGCAUAUAAUAUGUUCCUCUACAUUUUGGCUAGCCAUGUUGUGGGGGCAACAUGGUAUCUGCAAUCAGUUGAUAGGUAUACAUCGUGCUGGAAACAAGUGUGCCAGGAGGAAACUAGCCCUAAAUGCUUUCUUAGCUAUUUCGAUUGUAAAACUUUUGACCAUCCAGAGCGUGAGAUAUGGGCAAAUAGUACAAGCGUGUUCAAAACCUGUAAUCCAAAGAAUCCAGAUACUGAAUUCGAUUACGGCAUAUUUGACAUUGCAGUUACAAAGAAUGUUGUGUCCUCAGACUUCGUCGAGAAGUAUUUCUUUUCUUUAUGGUGGGGCUUACAGCAACUAAGUUCGUUUGCGCAGAAUUUGAUAGCAAGCACAUUUAUUGGGGAGACAGCAUUUUCAAUAUUUAUUGUCAUCUUGGGUCUGGUUCUAUUCGCUCAUUUGAUUGGGAAUGUGCAGACGUGCCUGCAAUCUCUAACUGCGAGAUUGGAGGAAUGGAGAAUUAAGCGAAGAGAUACGGAGGAGUGGAUGAGUCAUCGCCAACUCCCUGAAGACUUGAGACAUCGUGUUCGCCGUUUUGACCAGUACAAGUGGCUCGCAACUAGAGGAGUUGAUGAAGAAUCCAUCCUUCAAGGCUUACCUGCUGAUCUUCGCCGGGAUAUUCAGCGUCAUCUGUGCUUAAAUCUUGUUCGACGGGUUCCCUUUUUCUCACAAAUGGAUGAUCAGCUGCUUGAUGCCAUAUGUGAACGGCUAGUAUCUUCCUUGAGCAUUCAAGGUACCUACAUUGUUCGAGAGGGUGACCCGGUGACUGAGAUGCUGUUUAUUAUCAGAGGUACACUGGAUAGUUCAACAACUAAUGGAGGCCGUGCUGGUUUUUUCGACUCAGUAACUCUGAGACCAGGUGACUUUUGUGGGGAAGAGCUACUUAACUGGGCUUUGCUUUCUAAAAACAGCCUUAACUUGCCUUCUUCAACUCGAACUGUUAAAGCUCUGGUCGAAGUUGAAGCUUUUGCCUUACGAGCAGAAGAUCUUAAGUCAGUGGCUAACCAAUUUAGACGCCUUCAUAGUAAGAAGCUGCAGCAUACAAUUCGGUUUCACUCCCACCACUGGAGGACAUGGGCAGCUUGCUUUAUACAGGCCGCUUGGCGCCGGUACAGGAGGAUGAAGCUAGGACGCAUGCUCUCAACAACAGAAUCAUUUGCUUUGGUUGAGAGACCGACCGAUGAGAUUGGGCACGGCGAAGACGAGGAAUUUCACCCUCGUAGUUCGAGCUCCUCUCAGGCGAAACUGAACCUUGCGGCUACCGAAGUGGAUAAAAGAUCUGCUGCAAAUACAAGGAGAGAUGCACGGAGACUGGAAGAUGUUGAGAUACCGAAAUUACAAAAGCCUGAAGAUCCCGACUUCUCAACUGAGCCUGAUGCUAAGUUUAGUUAUUAGCACCAGGCCAGAGUUGACAUAACAGCUUCGGCUUCCUCUGUUAAGAGUUAUACUGAAACUCAUGGAAUUUGAAUCACAUGUCUUAUUAUAUAUCAAAAUUUUCAUUUU